CCGCAGCCGCCCGCCACAAAAAUAAGAGCGCCCCGGGCGCUCGACGCCGCGACCCGCAGCGCGAACACGAGAGAGAUCGACAUGGCCGCCUCCUCCUCCUCCGCCGUCUCCGGCCUCGCCGGCGCUGCCCUCGCCAGCCGGCCGGCAUUCUCCACCAGCUUCGUGCGGGGCGGCCGGGUGUCGGCGAGGAACCCGCUGAUGACGAGGAACCUGGAGAGGAACGGCAGGAUCACCUGCAUGACGUUCCCCCGGGACUGGCUGCGGAGGGACCUGAGCGUGAUCGGCUUCGGGCUCAUCGGGUGGAUCGGUCCCUCCAGCGUCCCGGUGAUCAACGGCAACAGCCUCACGGGGCUCUUCUUCUCCAGCAUCGGCCAGGAGCUCGCCCACUUCCCCACGCCCCCGCCCGUCACCUCCCAGUUCUGGCUGUGGCUGGUGACGUGGCACCUGGGUCUGUUCAUCGUGCUCACCUUCGGCCAGAUCGGCUUCAAGGGCAGGACCGAGGACUACUUCCAGAAGUGAAGCGGCUGAGCUCGAUCGACCUCCGCUGCCCGCAUUCGAACCUUGCUUUGUAUAGGGCUCUGAUUUGGCUGAACUUAUGUGUGCUGCUGCUUUUAUGAUGAGCUCAAUGUAAAUCUAUUGUCCCCUGCGCGCUUGGGUUUAAUUCGAGGAAAAAAAUCUAAAUUACUUCCCUCAAUUA